AUGGAAGAGGCGAUGGCCAAUAGGUUCCUAGGGAAGGGAGGUACGAAAGACGCCCUGUACAUCGGGGCCACCAGGGCACCCGGAAAGCGAGGGCUAUGGGAACAGACCAGAGAGAUGCGCGUGGUAUGGUCAGGUUGGGCAUCAACAGAGGGACUGCACACUGAGGAACCUGCCGGCAUCGCAGAGGACCUGUGA